AUGUCGUCUGACCAGGCAUGGGAGACCACCGAUGUCCUCAUCUGUGGCUGCGGGCCAACAGGAGCUAUGCUCUCCGGCUACCUUGACAGUAUGGCAAUCCGGAAUAUCGUCCUGGAGAAAGAGGCCGAGAUCACGACAGACCCAAGGGGAAUCGUGCUUGACGACGAUGGCAUCCGGUAUUUGCAGGGUCUAGGUCUCUACGAGCAUGUCUAUACAGACAUCGGUUCUUGUAUCGAGAAGGUAUUAUUCCUGCCUGGAGAGCAGCAAAGCUUGGGCACAAAACCCAUCUUCUGCUUUAAUACUGCUUCUUCCGAAGGCUAUACAGGACAUGUCGGUGUCAUCAGUCACAAACAGCCUGCGCUUGAAAAACAUCUUCGUUCCGUCAUCAAGGGAUCUCAGUACUCGCAGUUGAGGAGCAGAUGCACCUUGGAGUCCAUCCGGGAAGAUAAGGACUGGGUAUACGCGACCUACGUGGACCCUGAAGGAACUAAUCGACACAUUCGUGCCCGUUUCCUGGUUGGCGCGGACGGCAAGACGGGCUACGUGCGCAAGCAAUAUUUGGAACCUCAGGGAAUUAAGAUGGACUGGGCCGAACAGGGUCGUUAUGAGGAAACCUGGGUUGCUUUGAACUGGGAAAUCCGCCUGCCAACAAAAGAAACGCACCCGGACUUCCCGCUAUGGAAGAUAGGCUAUUCUUCGGAGGAUGUGUACGAUCUGUUCUUCCCAAAAGACUUCCGCUUUCUCUGCAACCCUCGUCGGCCGGCAGUCUGCGGCCGAUUUGGCCAGAAGAAGGACCGCCUUUGGAGGUUUGAAUUCGUGGUUCAGCAGUGUGAAGAUCCGCAAGAGAUGUCUGAGCCACACAAGAUUCGCGAGAUUGUAUUCCCCUACCUUCGUCAUCCAGGGAGCCGCUAUGGGUUAGACGCGGACGUCGAGUUUCCAACCGAUUGCAUCAAGGUUCUUCGCUCUCGACCAUUUCGCUUUGCGGCAAGGAAGUGCAACAAAUGGGCCUUGGGGCGAGUAAUCCUGUGCGGCGAUGCCGCUCACGUCUUUCCUCCAUUCGGCGGUCAGGGAAUCGCUUCCGGCUUUCGAGAUGCUAUCGCUCUUGCAUGGCGUCUCGCCAUUCUAACUCGGUCCCGCUCGACUCAGCUGGACUACGAGCAGGUACUUGUGGGGUGGUACUCUGAACGCAGCCAGCAAUUCCAAAAGUCACUCAACACAACCUUGCGGAAUGGACAGUUGGUCAACAGCACCAACCCAGUGCAGAACUUCAUCCGAGACUGGGCACUCUGGGUCAUGCAAAUGAUUCCCCCCGUCAAGCAUCAAUUAGAACUCGGACCCCGGAGAGAGGGCCCAGUCAGGUACGUCCACUCGGGUGGUAUGCCGUUUCUGCCCAACCUUCUCGGUGGAAUCUGCUUUCCACAAACGUACUGCACUGAGCUAGUGGAGCUCGGCAAUCGCGUUCGCUUCACCGAUGAUGUGAUCUUUUCCAAAGAGAAGACGAAGCUCUUUCAGAUUGUUGUUUUGCUGGAUGAACCAGGCCAGGCGAUAGCGGCAACUCAAGAGCUGGACGGUAUUGACGGGCUCAGCGAUGGUCACUUGUCUGCCAAAGAGGCCACGCUGCUGGUUCAGGCUAGGAAGUCUCCACCCAACGAUGAGUGCAGCGGACUCGCGGGUCUCUCCCUCUUCCGGAUUGCCACUGCGGAGGAGUUUAAGCAGUCCGACUUGUGCGUGGGACGGCCGGACCCGGACGGCUACAACGACCGUCAAAUCUGGCAUGUUAUGCAGGGGAAGCGAUUUGUGAUUGUGAGGCACGAUCGUUUUGUUUAUGCCGCUUGUGAUAUGCGGGCUGAAUUGGUUGAAGCCGCGAAAAGUUUGAAAGAGUCUCUGCCAUUGCAUUGA